CUUUGACCUGACCCAUCUCCUACAUCAUGAUACAGCCGUGCCUUGGUGAUUGAUUUGUCCUACUCAGAUGACCCUUGAUUUGAUCCACCGCUCCCACACUCAUAAAGACUGACAGGCGAUUUAUUACAGAUUUUACGAUUUCUCCGAUUCUGUCAUAUCUGAGGGCGAGAUAUCUGAUUUCGUGUAGGACGCUCACUUAUUGGGAUCAGUAGUUUCUAUUUUCAAUGUAGUCUAUAACAUUUCUCAACUAUUGAUAAAUGGUUCUUUCAGUGGGAUGUACUUUUCAAUUCCGUGGGUGUACUGGUUCUUCUCACACUAGUACUCGUAGUAGGCAUUUGUGGAUUGGUUGGCUUUCUGUUCUCAAGUGUGUUGAUUCAAAUUAAAGAGGGGCAAAGAAGGAUUUCUCUCAAGUGAUAUUGUGACUAUUAUUGCAAUAGCUUUGAUUUUACAUGUAGUUAGUGAUACAAUACGUUAAAGUCAGAAAUACUCACUGGAUCAGAUGUGUUGCCUGUAACUAUGGAUACCAUGACAGAACUUCUCUCAAUGACCUUGACAAAGGUCACAAGUGACUCAGUGACCUUGACAAAGGUCACAAGUGACUCAAUGACCUCUACGAAGGUCGCAAGUGAAAUUUGACCAUUGCCUCGUUAGAAUAGACUUGUGAUAUCUGUUGCAAUAAUUUGGAUAUAGUCUGUGAUAAAAUGGCUGCGUUCAGUUUUGAUAUGAUUCCAUGUUGGCCGUGGUUGAUGGAUCUAUUCUCGUUCAUUACGGACCAGGAGGAGGAGGAGGAGGUUCAGGACCUGGAACACCAAGAAUAUGUUAUGGCACAGAGUGACCCGUGUGGUGACCUGACGGUCCUUGAUGUCGCCGACCUCCUGCAUGCCAGAUACUCUUUCAUAUCAGGGGGUAAAGAUCGCUAUGGCCACACCCUCAUCACGUUCCCCGACAAUCCAACCGCACCUGAACUCAGCGAGGAGCAGUACAGAAAGGUCGUCAACUAUCUGACAUGUGUGCCAUCCUUUAUGUCUGACCCCGAUGGAGAACUCGAGGGUUAUAAUGUCGGCUUCUCCCUGAUCGUCGAUCGGCGCCAGGACCGAUGGAGCUCCGUCAAAGCCAUACUUUGCAAGAUCUCAGGUUAUUUCCCAGCUGAUCUCCAUGUUGUGUUCAUACUGCGACCGAAGGGCUUCUUCCAGCGCGCCAUCUCAGAUAUGGGCUUCAAGUUCGUCAAAGAUGAAUACAAAUUUCAGGUUGUAAUGUGUCAUAGCAUUGAGGAACUCCAUCAACACAUCGACAGGAAUCAGCUGACCAAAGAUCUGGGCGGGAAUAUCAAACAUGAUGAGAAAGAAUGGAUUCAACAUAGACUUGCCAUAGAGAAAUUCUCUGCCAACACGAAGAAUAUCUCGCAAACAUUGACGGCGUUCAUUCAACGACUUCGAGAAACCGAGCUUCCAAAUGACGUUCAGGGAACUUUAGAUUUGAUACACGAGCAUAACCUUGAGAAAAAAGAGGUAUUCGAGGACAUGAACAGUGCGACAGAACACGGUGAGGCGUUAUUAAACUGCAUCAAGAAUCCAUGUAUACCAGUCGAUGAUGACGAGUAUGAAGUCAACUCGGACAUGUUGGUACAUGUUGUGGUGGUUCAACGGUUACUCACCCAACUACAAGAGACGGUCAACAACUGCCUACACUUCUGGGCAAAACAUGACAUGAAACUCCACCAGUGUCAUCAACUGCGGAAAUUUGAGGAAGCUUUCAAGCAGUUACAGUACAUUCUUAACAACCAAAUCGAGGAAUUGAAGCGGUUGACGGAUCCCGGCGACUCACUGCAGCGGGUCGAAACGUAUCUCAGGAAGUUAGAGGAAAUCCAUAAAGAAUCUAAGGAGCCUUUAGAGAAGGCUGAAGAACUACAACAGGAGGGCGAGAAAUUCAUAGCAGACGAACACUAUGCCGUGGAUUGUAUCAUGCCGAAGUGUUCCGAACUGGAACGCAUGUAUAAGGAGCAUCGAAGUUUGUACGAAGCUCGAAAGGAGAUGCUGGAGACGUCGUUAGAACUCCAGCAGCGAAUCGACAAGGCCAGUAAAUGGUGCACUAAAGGCGUGGACCUCCUCGCGACGCAACAGAUUGAAAAAUGUCAAACACAGGAUGGCGCUGGCGCGGCUGUGAGUGAUAUCGAGGCGUUCCUGAUCACCGCUAGGGAGUUGAAUCUCAGCAACCCUAAGGAAUUCCGGAAGAAGUUUGAUAUCAUUCUUACACCUGAGUCACGGAAUACUGUCCAGAAUGUCCUAAAAAGAAUUGAUGACGUUCAAAACAUGUGUGAGAAGCGCCGCGACAGUCUCAAGAAGGUUGCAACAAAACUGAAAGAGAGGCCGAUCCAGGCCGUCAUCCCAGAACCCGCCACGCCGAUCCUGACAAACCCACCGACGCAUAAUAUCAACCCACCGCCGAACAUGCGACCGCCUCAACGGUCGAUAACGGAUUAUGAAAUCCGACGGAAGACGCCGAAGCAUGAAGUGGCAGCAAGGAAGUCGCGCAGUAUUGACCAGAGAAGUAGUAGAAUACGUGUUCAGAUCUUACGAGAUUAUGACGGUACCGCUACAAAAGACGGCAACGAGAGCAGCACGUCAUUGGACAGUGACAUGGAGCUGAACCCAGACACAGUCAGCGACAAGCGCGGUCAUGUCAUGAAAGAGUUAAUCGACACGGAGAGGAUCUAUGUCUCAGAACUUAGCAGUAUUAUUGAGGGUUACAUUCUUGAGAUGGACAACCCAGACCUACAGGACAUGAUACCUGCAGAAUUGAUACAGAACAAAGAUAUCUUAUUUGGGAACUUGGAGGAGAUAUAUGAAUUUCACAAUGGUUUCUUUCUGAAAGAACUUGAGAACUGCCGGAACACGCCGGCGUUAGUCGGGAAGUGUUUUGUCGAUCGUAAGGAGGAGUUCGAGAUCUAUAGCUUAUACUGCCAGAACAAACCGCAAGCUGAGUCAAUACGCAAACUCAUUGGAGAUAAUAAUCUUUUCUUCAAGGAGUGUCAGAAAAAGCUCGGCCACAAACUGCCCCUUAGUGCGUACUUACUCAAACCUGUUCAGAGGAUCACCAAGUACCAACUACUGCUGAAGGAAAUGUUGAAAUAUACAAAGAACCAAGUUGGAAACAUGGAGCUACAGGAAGCUGUGGAUACUAUGCUGACCGUCUUGAAAUAUGUGAACGACCUCAUGCAUGCGUUGGCUAUUUCAGGAUUCACAGGCAACCAAGAAGACCUGGGCCGCUUCCUGAUGCAGGGACAAUUCUACGUCUGGCAGAAACAUGAAAAAGACAAAAUCCGAGACUUCCGAUUCAAGCCGCAAAAUCGUAACGUUUUCCUUUACCAGAGGGCGUUGAUGUUCUGUAAGAAACUCGAAGAUCCCAACAAUAUCGAGAAAGUGCAGUACGUCUUCAAAAAUCUUGUCAAGACUGCUCAAAUCGGCAUGACCGAAAACGUCAAAACAGACAAAAAGAAAUUCGAAGUCUGGUUACAUGGGCGGUCCGAGGUUUACAUCCUGCAGGCGCCUAAUAUGGAUGAAAAGGCGCGCUGGGUGAAGGAGAUCAAGAAAGUGUUACUGUUCCAGUUUGAGAGUUUGAAGGAGCAGCAGGAGCGGAUCAGGAAGGGCUCGAUUAUGGCAUUGAAUACGGAGAUUGACGUCAAAACAAAUCUCCAGAAAUCCGCCAACGCAGUGAACAACAACAACAUGGGUAGCACGACGCGAGUCAAUGAAUUGGAUGGAUUCUCCGACGAUGGUUGGUCAAGUGAUGAGUUUGACUCCUCAGAACAGGACAAUGAAGGCCACCUCUUUCCAAGUCCUAGUGAUAAUACGGGCUCCCUUCAACAGUACAUGGUAUUAGCCGACUACGACAAAGUAGAUGACCAAGAGGUCGGUCUAAAAGAGGGCGACGUUGUUGAAGUGAUAAAGUGUGGCAAUGACGGAUGGUGGUAUGUCCAUGUGGUGCGGACAGCAGAAGAGGGAUGGGCACCGGCAAGUUAUCUCGACUGUAUGUCGAGGGUCGCGUCCAGGUCAACACUCUCUGUUAGUAGUUUAGAAUCAGGAAACGGCAACGGGAAUGGUAACGGCGGCCUCUUCCCUACAAGCAGCAGAAACAGUAUCACAAGCACUGUCAGUAUGACGAUAUUAGAGGACACAGUCUAAUAAGCUCCCCUUGGAAUGUGCAUGAGGAUUCCUGCACAAUCGUUGGGCUUGGCUGGGUGUGAAAUGUGUGAACAUGACGCCUCUUUUGAACCAUUUGCACGCUUUUGAAGCCUUGAACUGGAUAAGGUGUACUGCUGUUUGGGUGUAUCUAAGUACCUUGAUGGACAGAAACAAUCAAAAGUUUAGUUAGUGUAGAAAACUGUGUGGAGGACAUUUGGAUUUUCCUAGGUGGCAUCGAAGAAGUUAGUAUGAGUGGAUGGAUUGGCAGCUGGCAAUCAUGACAGCUGAAAAAGGCCAGUGGCAACUGCAUAUGCUUCCUUGCCCAGUGUGUCAGAUAACUUGGUUAUGAUAAGGGGUCCCCCGUUGGCUCGAAAAGAGAUACACAUAGUUUGUAUGCUACCCUUCUCAGCUUUACAGUGUUUUGCUAUUUCUACUGAAGAAGCUUCUGCGUUGGUUGUGCUGCGAAAUCAGGUUAUCUGGCACACCGACAGCUGCUGAAUUCAGAGUGCAGGGAUUUACAGUCGCAAACAUAUACAAUAUUAUGCAACGCAAUCAUGUAUCAUCAUGUUAGUAAUCAUUUACCUCAACCUUGUCAUGACUAUCUGUACGAUUCAACAAAGCUGGCAAAGCUGUGUUGAAGGAAGUUGACUUUGACCUGUGCUGAAGUUCAGUUCUGUAUUGGACUAAAGUGCUGUAUUUCAACCUCUUUGGCCAAAGUCAACUGGCAUUACAGCGCUUUUGACAAAAACUAGUUUUCUGACAUGUGGCCUGCUUUCAUCACCAUCUAAUGUAAUCAUGUAGCGUUUUGAUGCCAUUGUUGUUGGGUAUUAUUCAUCCAUCCUGUUACUCUUGUUACAACUACACUGUUACUACUGUUACCAUAGCAACAUCAGAUAACAUCUGGGCGAAGCAGUCAAUGUAGAUGCUGUAAAUUGCUUGAUAAAAAUUCUUGUAGACAGUAGAAUUGCUGAAGAACUUCACAUAAAGAUCUUUGUUUUUCCAGCUUCUGUUUUGUUCAUAGUUUUACUUUGACAGAUUUUAAAAUAUUUUAUUUUUACAAAUGCUGACAGUCAAGUUUGGAUUCUUGACCACCAAUGAAUGAUAUAGUGAUUGGAUGAAAAUAUUGUGCUGACAUAAAAAAUGCACUUUUUCUCGACAGUAAAAAAGACCCCUAACAGAGUUCUUCUCAUAAACUUUUCGUUCAAAAAUUUGACCAAUGACAGUCAAAUAGUUUUCGUAACCGCUGAAGUAUGAGGCCUGUCUCUAUCCUCAGCCUGUUGGCGUCUUGUUUUAAACGAUACGCCAGCGACAGAAGAAUUUCUGAUGGGGGUCUUUUGUGGAAUAAAAUAUUCAUGCUACAUAUUCAGAGGUCUCAAAUCUUUCUAAUUCAUUCUGGUUAAGUCAUGAUACUCUAGCCAUUACCUUACUGACUAUGGAUACAAUCAGCUAUUUCUAUGGCCUAAGUUUUGUGAAACACCCUGUAUAACUCAACUUUACAGCUGAUCUGACCAUUCUUGGUGCACCCUGUAUAUUUAUGUAAUCUAACGCAGCCGUCUUUGGCUCAGUUUAAUUUUGUAAGUUUAUAUAUCACUUUGUGUUCAAGUAAUCUGCUCUGUUGCUGCAUCUGGCGUAAAUCUUACCGUGCAUCUUAACUCGCAUUGCACAGGGCGCACCAAAAAAUUAUCCAUUUGUAACGUGUGUCUUUGCUCUUUUAUGUUUUUAGUCAAGUUUAUUUUCAUUCACAUUCCUAUUUUUAGUAUGUAACUUAUGUAACGGCUAGUGUACUUGAAUAUAGGAUUAAUUUAAUCUCUGUUUUAAUAGCCCGAGUCAGGCACAUUUUGGACAGAACAGUACUGCUCUGAGGUCUUUCUGUUCUGUUCUGAUGUUUGACAAUCAGAAAGGUUUAAUAGCUACCAAUUCUCCAUAUUGUUUUGAUUUCAAAAAUCAAGAAAAUAAGUUAGUGAUUGAUUUUUUAGAAUAUUUAUACAAAGUUGGCGAGAUAUAAAUUUGAAUGAAGUGUCAUGAGUGAUUUUCAAAUAUUAUACUAAAUUAUUAGAAUUUUAUCAAAUUAUCAAUAUUUUUUAAUAUCCGGCCCAAUUCAUUGUGAUUUUUUGUCAUCUUGUGUAAGUGCUUAAUUCACAUGUUGACUUCAUUAAGAAUGAGGAUAUAGAUUUGUGAGUGUAUUUUGUGUGCAUGAUCCGUGAUUGGACUCAUGUAUUCAGUACAUUUCAGUUGAAAUGAACAUUUCAAUUGAAAUGGAAGUGCUAAUCAAUUUCAGUUCAUUUUAUCUAAUCUUUCACGCUCAGGUAAAAAUGAACUGAAAAUUAAUACACAUCGUCCCCAGGUUCUCUCAAUCAGGUCAGUAGUGCAUGUAGCACAUGUGUCUUACAUGUAGGUGUAGUGGGUGUAUGUAGGGAGGCAACCUUGGGACGAGGUAAAAUUUGAUCAUUUCACAUGAUUCUGUGAUAAAAGUUUUCAUUUGUCUGAUUAACAUUAUCGCUUCUGUCUUUAAAUAUUUUGUCAAAUUUGGGAGUAAUACCCAAUUGUUCUAAGUGACGUGGCUUUAGUUAAUGUUGUUUUUGAAAUUCGUCUUAGUUGUAAAUGGUUUUCUAGGUCUUUUAAAGGGGGACUAUAGGCAGGAAGCACGAGGCCAAAUGAGUAAUCGCCCGGUAUUGAUAUGCACCGUUACUAAAAUGGCUCUGAUUUCAUUUUGUGAUGAAAAUGUUUCUUGUACAAUCAUGUAUUGUACUGUACACUGGUGGAUCGACUUUUUUAACUUAAUCUUGCCCCUGCCUUUGUCUCCCUUUAAAAGGAUUAGUAAUUGCAAUGACUGGGAUGUAUAAUUGUGCAUCACAGCUAAAAGUAGUUGCACCUAGUCCUUUCUCUUUAUCCCUAUGUGUCAUUUUGGUACCGGUGCACCAUAAUGUUAGUGCCAAGUUAACUAUCACUGUAAACUCCUCAUUUUCGCAGCAUUACAUGUUCUCGAAAACAUCAUUUCAGUUUUUGCAUUAUUACUGCAAGUAGGUGCGCUUUCCAAUGAUAAAACAGAAAAUCUAAAUGGUUAAAUCUUGAAUGACUUCAUCUCACUCUAAGCAGGACCACUGCCCCUGUGUACUGUACUAUAGAUAUGUGCAGUAGUAAGCUGGUGUGCAUCUGGUCAUAAUGAAUACUUUUGACUUAUUGUGUGUAAAUAUUGGGAGCUAAGCUUGUACAUAUCACUGUGAAUAAAUAUUUAUCAACAAGAG